CAGUGGCUGUUUACACGGUAGUCAGCCUGUGACAUCAGAGUCCAGACUUUAUAAAUGUCAGCAGGCGCAAGAAUGAGCAGUUAGCAAACAGCUGCACUGGCUCGCACCACACCGUCACACAGGUUAGUGAGACAGACCGAGCUCCAUCAGCAACACCAGCCCCCAUGGACCGACCGCUGUGCGACUGUGUGACUGCUGUGGCCGUCCUGCUGUGUGUGGCGACUCAGGUGUUGUGCCAGCUGUGUGACAGGCCGUGCCUUUGCCCCGGUCCUGCCCCUCAGUGCCCCACAGGAGUACCGCUGGUACUGGAUGGCUGCCGGUGCUGCCAGGUGUGUGCCAGGCAGCGAGGUGAGUCCUGCACUGAGAUGCUUCCCUGCGACAGCCAGAGAGGACUGCAGUGUGACUACAGCGCCAGCUUUCCCGGGGACCCUGGGGAGUGUGUCAGUCAGGAGGAUCUGGGCUGCGAAGUCAACGGCGUCACUUACAGCGAGGGCCAGUCCUUUCAGCCUUCCUGUGACACUUACUGCCACUGCAGAGGUGGAGGUGUGAUCUGUGUGCCAGCUUGUCCCCUGACCGGUCGUCUUCCCACCCCAGACUGUCCCAACCCACAACACAUCAGACUACCGGGGAAAUGCUGCAAGGAGUGGGUGUGUGAAAACCUCGAGAACACGGUCAUUCAGGAUGCUAUCACAGCCAUGAGACCAGACAGGCUGUGGCCCGGUCUCCGGAGGGAUCACCCUCUAAACAAACUGGUCCCACCUGCCUCCACCUGUACAGAGCAGAGCACCCAGUGGAGUGCCUGUUCCCAGAGCUGUGGGGCUGGGGUCUCCACACGGGUUUCUAACCAGAAUCCUGCCUGCAAGCUACAAAUGGAGACUCGACUUUGCAAAGUGCGGCCUUGCCGUGCAGCUCAGCCACCCUCCAGGAAACCCAUGUGGGGGCGGCAGGGGCGGUGUAAGGCCAGCUACACGUCACCAGGGCCCAUUCGGCUCGUUCACCAGGGCUGCUACAGCACUCACGCCUACCAGCUCCGGUACUGCGGACAGUGCACUGACUCUCGCUGCUGCACGCCUUAUCAAACCACCACUGCUGAGGUGACGUUCCGCUGCCCCUCGGGCAGGCUGCUACAGCGAGCUGUGAUGAUGAUCCACUCAUGUGCCUGUCACAACAACUGCCCCUACGCACCGUACAGAAACCCCGCUCUUUGGGGAUACAGGCCCUGAU